GUCUGCGGAGCCCCCCGCCCCGCACCUCCCCCGCCCCGCACUGGCCAUUGGCUUGUCCUGGUCUCUUUUUCAUGUCCAGCCCCUGAUGUGUGUCCAUUGGUGUGAGCUUCCCCUUCCCUCCUCCCCUUCUCUCCUGCUCGCCCUGCCCAUGUUUUGUGUGUCUCUGUCCAUCCAGACUCCUGACGUUCAAGUUCGCAGGGACGUCACGUCCGCACUUGAACUUGCAGCUCAGGGGGGCUUUUGCCAUUUUUUUCAUCUCUCUCUCUCCCUCUCUCCCUCUUCUCUCUUCCUCUCUCUCUCUUUUUUUUUCUUAAAAAAAAAAAAAAGCCAUGACGGCUCUCCCACAAUUCAUCUUCCCUGCGCCAUCUUUGUAUUAUUUCUAAUUUAUUUUGGAUGUCAAAAGGCACUGAUGAAGAUAUUUUCUCUGGAGUCUCCUUCUUUCUAACCCGGCUCUCCCGAUGUGAACCGAGCCGUCGUCCGCACGCCGCCGCCGCCGCCGCCGCCCGCCCGCCCCGCAGCCCACCAUGUCUCGCCGCAAGCAAGGCAAACCCCAGCACUUAAGCAAACGGGAAUUCUCGCCCGAACCUCUUGAAGCCAUUCUUACAGAUGAUGAACCAGACCACGGCCCAUUGGGAGCUCCAGAAGGGGACCAUGACCUUCUCACCUGUGGGCAGUGCCAGAUGAAUUUCCCAUUGGGGGACAUUCUUAUUUUUAUCGAGCACAAACGGAAACAAUGCAAUGGCAGCCUCUGCUUAGAAAAAGGUGUGGAUAAGCCGCCUUCCCCUUCUCCCAUCGAGAUGAAAAAGGCAUCCAAUCCUGUGGAGGUUGGCAUCCAGGUCACGCCAGAGGAUGACGAUUGUUUAUCAACGUCAUCUAGAGGAAUUUGCCCCAAACAGGAACACAUAGCAGAUAAACUUCUGCACUGGAGGGGCCUGUCUUCCCCUCGAUCUGCACACGGAGCUCUAAUCCCCACGCCCGGGAUGAGUGCAGAGUAUGCCCCGCAGGGUAUUUGUAAAGAUGAGCCCAGCAGCUACACAUGUACAACUUGCAAACAGCCAUUCACCAGUGCAUGGUUUCUCUUGCAACACGCACAGAACACUCAUGGAUUAAGAAUCUACUUAGAAAGCGAACACGGAAGUCCCCUGACCCCGCGGGUUGGUAUCCCUUCAGGACUAGGUGCAGAAUGUCCUUCCCAGCCACCUCUCCAUGGGAUUCAUAUUGCAGACAAUAACCCCUUUAACCUGCUAAGAAUACCAGGAUCAGUAUCGAGAGAGGCUUCCGGCCUGGCAGAAGGGCGCUUUCCACCCACUCCCCCCCUGUUUAGUCCACCACCGAGACAUCACUUGGACCCCCACCGCAUAGAGCGCCUGGGGGCAGAAGAGAUGGCCCUGGCCACCCAUCACCCGAGUGCCUUUGACAGGGUGCUGCGGUUGAAUCCAAUGGCUAUGGAGCCUCCCGCCAUGGAUUUCUCUAGGAGACUUAGAGAGCUGGCAGGGAACACGUCUAGUCCACCGCUGUCCCCAGGCCGGCCCAGCCCUAUGCAAAGGUUACUGCAACCAUUCCAGCCAGGUAGCAAGCCACCCUUCCUGGCGACGCCCCCACUCCCUCCUCUGCAAUCCGCCCCUCCUCCCUCCCAGCCCCCGGUCAAGUCCAAGUCAUGCGAGUUCUGCGGCAAGACGUUCAAAUUUCAGAGCAACUUGGUGGUACACCGGCGCAGCCAUACUGGCGAGAAGCCCUACAAGUGCAACCUGUGCGACCAUGCAUGCACACAGGCCAGCAAGCUGAAGCGCCACAUGAAGACACACAUGCACAAGUCGUCCCCCAUGACAGUCAAGUCCGACGACGGCCUCUCCACAGCCAGCUCCCCGGAACCCGGCACCAGCGACCUGGUGGGCAGCGCCAGCAGUGCGCUCAAGUCAGUGGUGGCCAAGUUCAAGAGUGAGAAUGACCCCAACUUGAUCCCAGAGAACGGGGAUGAGGAGGAAGAGGAGGACGACGAGGAAGAAGAAGAAGAGGAGGAAGAGGAGGAGGAGGAGCUGACGGAGAGCGAGAGGGUGGACUACGGCUUCGGGCUGAGCCUGGAGGCUGCGCGCCACCAUGAGAACAGCUCUCGGGGCGCAGUGGUGGGCGUGGGCGACGAGGGCCGCGCCCUACCCGAUGUCAUGCAGGGCAUGGUGCUUAGCUCCAUGCAGCACUUCAGCGAGGCCUUCCACCAGGUCCUGGGCGAGAAGCAUAAGCGCAGCCACCUGGCUGAGGCCGAGGGCCAUAGGGACACUUGCGACGAAGACUCGGUGGCCGGCGAGUCGGACCGCAUAGACGAUGGCACUGUUAAUGGUCGUGGCUGCUCUCCUGGCGAAUCGGCUUCGGGGGGUCUGUCCAAAAAGCUGCUGCUGGGUAGCCCCAGCUCGCUGAGCCCCUUCUCCAAGCGCAUCAAGCUGGAGAAGGAGUUUGACCUGCCCCCGGCCGCGAUGCCUAACACGGAGAACGUGUACUCGCAGUGGCUCGCUGGCUAUGCGGCCUCCAGGCAGCUCAAAGAUCCCUUCCUUACCUUCGGAGACUCCAGACAAUCGCCUUUUGCCUCCUCGUCAGAGCACUCCUCGGAGAACGGGAGCUUGCGCUUCUCCACACCGCCCGGGGAGCUGGACGGAGGGAUCUCGGGGCGCAGCGGCACGGGAAGUGGAGGGAGCACGCCCCAUAUUAGUGGUCCGGGCCCGGGCAGGCCCAGCUCAAAAGAGGGCAGACGCAGCGACACUUGUGAGUACUGUGGGAAAGUCUUCAAGAACUGUAGCAAUCUCACUGUCCACAGGAGAAGCCACACGGGCGAAAGGCCUUAUAAAUGCGAGCUGUGCAACUAUGCCUGUGCCCAGAGUAGCAAGCUCACCAGGCACAUGAAAACGCAUGGCCAGGUGGGGAAGGACGUUUACAAAUGUGAAAUUUGUAAGAUGCCUUUUAGCGUGUACAGUACCCUGGAGAAACACAUGAAAAAAUGGCACAGUGAUCGAGUGUUGAAUAAUGAUAUAAAAACUGAAUAGAGGUAUAUUAAUACCCCUCCCUCACUCCCACCUGAUGACCCUCUUUUCACCCCUUCCCCAUUGUCCUUCCAGCCCUACUCCCUGUAGGAUUUUUUCUAGUCCCAUGUGAUCAAACAAACAAACAAACAACAGAAGUAAUGGAAGCUAAGAAUAUGAAUGAGUGCUUGUCACCAGCACACCUGGUUUUUUGUUUUUUGCUUUGUUUUGUUUUUUUUCCUUUUCUUCUUUUUCUUCUUUUUUUAAUUUUAAUUUUUUUAUGUUUUCACCGUUUGAAUGCAUGUUUGGGGCAAUACUAUUGCAUUUUACGCAAACUUUGAGCCUUUCUCUUGUGCAAUAAUUUACAUGUUGUGUAUGUUGUUUCUUUUCCCCUUAACGUAGACAGCAUGUAUGGUAUGUUAUGGCUAUUUUAAAUUGUCCCUAAUUCAUUAUGAGCAAACAUGUUGCUGUUUCCAGUUCCGUUCUGAGAGUGUGAGAGAGGGAGGGUAAAAACCAAACCAUGCUGCAUACUUCUGUAAUACAUAUCAUGUACAGCUUUAUUUUAUAACAUGAGGAGGGAAACAGUUUGGGUUAACUAACCCUCUACAGACAGAACAAAUAGCACUGGAAAAAAAACCGUGCUAAAUGUCUGUCUCUAAAGGGUUACAUGUAUUAAUUGGAGAGGGAAUAAGGCCUUGAACUGACAAAUUAACAGAAGAACAAGUUGAUUCUAUCAUUUGGCUUUUAAAAUGAGUGCCUUGGAUCUAUUCAAACCAUGAUGAUGGUUUUUCCUGCUUGUUAUAAACUUGUAGCUUAAUCCAGCAUUGGGUGAGGUAAUAAACUUUAGGACCUAGCAUGUAAUUCUGUGUUGUAUUUCUCACAACAAUGGCUACCUAAAAAUAUGACCCAUUAUGUCCUAGCUAAUCAUCGAUUUUUGCCUUUAACUUUGUGAACAAAACCUGAUUAUUUAUACUAGUAUAAAAGCUACUUUGCUCCUGAUGAAAGCGUAAAAGAAAUGGGCUGCUUUGCCUAAAGUUUCAUUUUAUUUUUUUUAAAUGGUUAUCAAAUUGAAUGUGAAACGUGCAAAGGCCCUGGAAUGUGGUGAAAUACAUUAGCAAGGAGUUCAUCUUAUGACAACUCUUUUUAAAAUAAUACAUUUAAUGAAAUUCUGGCGCCAAAAGAAGUAGAUCCAGCUCCAGUUGGUUGUCAAAUGGACAAUCAAAUGAUAAACUUAGCCCGUUAGAGGACAUUUGAAACAGGCUGAUAUGGUGAGAGAGGGAGAGAGAGAGAGAGAGAGAGAGAGAGAGAGAGAGAGAGAAAGAAAGAAACAGAAAACAGUAAGUGAUUGGUUAGCACAAUGUGGUACUGUUUGCCAUUUGAAACUAGAACAGGAGUACAAGCAACUAGUGAUACGAUGAUGAUUAACUAUGAACCUCUAAGACUUACAUUUAAUGUGACCGUCUUCAAAAAGAAGAGGAAGACCUUUAAAAGCAGCAGUAUCUAUGUCUGUGCACCCUGGAAGUUGUAUCAUUUCUUUUCCAUACACUGUGUGCUAUUUGUGUUAACAUGGAAGAGGAUUCGUUGUUUUUAUUUUAUUUUAUUCUUUCUUUUUUUCUUUUUAAAUUCCUUCUUUGUUUUAAGCUAGCAUCUGCCCCAGUUGGUGUUCAAAUAGCACUUGACUCUGCCUGUGAUACCUGUAUCUUUUCUCUAAUCAGAGAUACAGAGGUUGAGUAUAAAAUAAACCUGCUCAGAUAGGACAAUUCAGUGCACUGUACAGUUUUCCCAGUUUACAGGUCUUUAUUAAGGGAAACGUUGCAAGAAUGCUGAAAAAAAUUGAACACAAUCUCAAUGAUGAGCAUUAAAAAAUAAUAAAAAAAAAUCUAAAAAAAAAAAAAAAACUAAGACAAACGUUGCCAGCCAUUUACUUGACUAAUGAGCUUACUCACUUGGACGCAACAUUGCAAGCGCUGUGAAUGGAACAACACACUUAACAUAGAAACGAAUGACUUUCGCUUCUACAGUGCAAGGAUUUUUGUACAAAACUUUUUUAAGUAUAAAUGUUAAGAAAAGAAUUUUUAAAAAGACACUUCAUUAUGUUUAGGGGGGAACAGCAUUUUAGGGUUCCAUUGUCUUGGUGGUGUUACAAGACCUGUUAUCCAUUUAAAAAUGGUAGUGGAAAUUUUAUGCCUUGGAUCACACACCGCUCUUCAGGUUGUAAAAAAAAAAUACAUGGGGAAAGGUUUAAGAUUAUAUAGUACUUAAAUAUAGGAAAAUGCACACUCAUGUUGGUUCCUAUGCUAAAACACAUUUAUGGUCUUUUUUCUGUAUUUCUAGAAUGGUAUUUGAAUUAAAUGUUCAUCUAGUGUUAGGCACUAUAGUAUUUAUAUUGAAGCUUGUAUUUUUAACUGUUGCUUGUUCACUCAAAAGGUAUCAAUGUACCUUUUUGUUAGUAGAAAAAAAAGACAGGCUGCCACAGUAUAUUUUUUUAAUUUGGCAGGAUAAUAUAGUGAAAAUUAUUUGUAUGCUGAGAGAGAGAGAGAGAGAGAGAGAGAGAGAGAGAGAGAGAGAGAGAGAGAGAGAGGUGACAUUGUACAGAGAAGCCAUAUAAUGGCGGUUUGGGGAGCCUGCUAGAAUGUCACAUGGAUGGCUGUCAUAGGGGUUGUACAUAUCCUUUUUUUCCCUUUUCCUGCUGCCAUGCUGUAUGCAGUACUGCAAGCUAAUAGCGUUGGUUUGUUAUGUAGUGUGCUUUUGGCCCUCCUUCCCGAUCACCCGACAUUCCAGCAUCUUACCUUCAUAUGCAGUAAAAGAAAGAAAAAAAAAAAGGAAAAAAAACAACAACAAUGUUUUGCAGUUUUUUUCAUUGCCAAAAUCUAAAUGGUGCUUUAUAUUUAGAUUGGAAAGAAUUUCAUAUGCAAAGCAUAUUAAAGAGAAAGCCCGCUUUAGUCAAUACUUUUUUGUAAAUGGCAAUGCAGAAUAUUUUGUUAUUGGCCUUUUCUAUUCCUGUAAUGAAAGCUGUUUGUCGUAACUUGAAAUUUUAUCUUUUACUAUGGGAGUCACUAUUUAUUAUUGCUUAUACGCCCUGUUCAAAACAGAGGCACUUAAUUUGAUCUUUUAUUUUUCUCUGUUUUUAUUAUUUUUUUUAUUUGGAUGACCAAAGGUCAUUGCAACCUGGCUUUUUACUGUAUUUGUUUCUGGUCUUUGUUAAGUUCUAUUGGAAAAACCACUGUCUGUGUUUUUUUGGCAGUUGUCUGCAUUAACCUGUUCAUACACCCAUUUUGUCCCUUUAUUGAAAAAAAAUAAAAAAAUUAAAGUACAAUGUAA